UGCUAAAAAAAUAGAUAUCAAUGCUGAAAACUUGUCACGUCGGUAUAAUGGCGGUUCCAUAAGUAGGGAUAAUUUGGUAAAGAGGCGCCCAAAUCGCAUUCAAGAAAGAGCAGUUCCUCCAAAAAGUUCUUCCACAAGUGCGCCAAAAGCGCAAGGGGGUAACCCGAGUAAUUCUGUUAAAAACACAGAUGGUAAACUGAUUAAUGAUAAAUCACCUGAUAUAAGUUCUGGUGGACAGCCGGUUGAUACUGGCCCGUCACCAUCAGCUCUUAUCGCGGUUGGUGCUGUUUGUGCUGUAUGUCUUGUAGUUGCUGGCAUUUUCACGGUCGUAAAUAGGAGAAAGCGUCAGGAACUUACUGACAGCAUUGUUGCUACGUCAGCUGUUGCAUGGGAACAACAAGAUAUUGAAGAAUCGAAAGAAGAAGAAACGCUACAGCCCAUAGUUGGAUAUACAAAUCGGUGA